UCCGUGCUCCAGGCUCCUGGCUCCUGCUGGGUUCAGCGGCAGUGGGAGCGCGCAGGCGCGGCUGGAGGCUCGCAGAGCGCGGAGUAGCGGCGCGGAGCGCGCUGUAAGUAAGGGAAUCAUCAUCCAGGGACCUGCCAGAGACCACAAGAAAACAUGGGGAGGAUUUUCCUCACAGGAGAAAAAGCCAAUUCAGUAUUGAAGCGCUAUCCAAGAGCAAAUGGACUGUUUGAAGAAAUAAGACAGGGCAACAUUGAGCGUGAAUGCAAAGAAGAAAUCUGCACAUUUGAAGAAGCGAGAGAAGCUUUUGAAAAUAAUGAGAAAACUAAGGAGUUUUGGAACACCUACACGAAAGCACAACAAGGAGAGAGUAACCGAGGAAGUGACUGGUUUCAGUUUUAUCUUACCUUUCCGUUAAUCUUUGGCCUCUUCAUUAUCCUCCUUGUCAUUUUCCUAAUUUGGAGAUGCUUCCUCAGAAACAAAACUCGCAGACAGACAGUGACUGAAGGCCACAUUCCUUUCCCUCAGCACCUUAAUAUCAUCACUCCGCCUCCCCCACCAGAUGAAGUGUUUGACAGCAGCGGACUGUCACCAGGCUUUCUGGAAUACGUAGUUGGGCGCUCAGAUUCGGUCUCCACUCGCCUCUCUAACUGUGACCCUCCGCCCACCUAUGAGGAGGCCACCGGCCAGGUGAGCCUCCGGAGGAGUGAGACAGAACCCCACUUAGACCCACCUCCGGAGUACGAGGACAUCGUCAACUCCAGCUCAGCCAGUGCCAUUGCUAUGGUGCCUAUGGUCACCACCAUCAAAUGAAACUGUAGCCGCCUUUUUACUAUAAUCUUUUCAAAAAUACUAACGAAAGAACUUUCUAGCACUUUACCACUACAUAAAUGUGCAUUGACUUAUUUUACUGAACUCUGACCGUAUACCACUUCACAUUUUCUGAUUAGAUUUUCAUUGGUUUUGUUUCGUGCUAUAAAAUCAUUAUCCAUGCUCAUUUUUGCUAAUCGAAAUAUGUGAAGAGGGAAAAGCGUAUUAGUGCAGGUCUUGACGUGAUGUGAUACACACGUGUGUAUAUGUAUUUCUAUGCAUACACAUGUGUGUACAUCAGCCCAGUAUAUGUGCAAGUCUUUAAAUGCCAUUAACUUCUGUCUAAAUCAUCUAUAAAGAGAACAUUACUCAUCAAAAUAAGGGGGCAGGGGGACACCAACAAUUUGUAUAAUAGCCAGCCACAUGCUGUUGAAUUUUGAAAAUAAGGUUAGUUUAGCAUGUUUUCUGAUUCUGACAGGCUUUUGUUAACCUCGUUUUUCUUCAGCUACCUUAAAAAAUGCACAUAGUCCAUCUUGAUAUUAGAAACAUCUCAAGGAGGGAAGGCACAAUAAUCGAUAAUUUGCUUACAGAGGAUAACAAGAAUAUCAUUGGUCAUUAGUGGCAUUUGUCUAGUUUUGGAGGAAGGCUUUUAUUGUUGACCGCCUUCCCCUCAACUCUUGAAGUUAAAGUGUUUCCUUCGUGUCUCUGACUAUCUGAUGCUCUUUGUAUUCGCAUCUUGGUUAAAUACGGAGGGGAUCUCCUGCAACAGAAUAGUUUCUAACGUAAUUAUAUGUAUUAAUGAUGGGGGACAGAUACAGAUUUCUCCUUGCUUAUUUGUGACAAUUAUUUUCUUUUUGCUGUUUCAGUGCCUUUUACUCUCCUGUUUACUCCUUCUCUCAGCACCACAGUAUCUGUAAAAACGCAAGAAUUUAGUUAAACCUUUGAAAUUAUCUUCUUAGUUUUGUAUAGAAUGAAGUCUUUGCUUCAAGAUGAUUAGGAGGCGUUUUCCAUUUAAAUUAAGAACUGAGAUUUUUAUAUGGUUCUCCGGCUGGUGGAGGAAGACUGCCAAGUUUGUUGUGCCAGGUGUCCAAUCAGGUAUAGUUUCACAUAUUUUCAUUAUUGUUGCCAUUUCAUUUUGUGUUUUCAUCAAAUGUUUUAAAGUGCAAGAUAUUUACUUUGCUCUUGGAGUAAAGAGAACAGGCUAUGAAUGAACCGCCAACAGAAACUGGCACAGAAAGAACAAGAGCGUCGUUCCAUUCCGCAGGUGCUGGUGGGACAUUCACUGUAUCGGGGUGUGCCCCUCCCAAGCCUCCCUCGUGUUGGCUAAUGAGGCAGAGGGAGUGCAGGUGUCAGAAGUGUUGGUCAGACCCUGGAGCCCAAAGAAGGAACAAUGCUGGGGGGGGGGAACCCUGAACCAGGAGUCUGACGACCCGAAUUCUAACCCUGUUCUGUUAAACAAACAAACAAACAACUUACCAUGGUACUGUGGGAAAGACCCAUCUGCACCUUAGAUUCUUGAACUCUGAAGCAGAUAAUGUCACAUGUCCUGCCCUUCUCCAGGGGCUUUAAAAGGAUUUAAUGAGAUGGUGUGUAUGAAAGUAACUCUUUAGAUCUGAAGGGCUGUGUGCGUGUAAGGUAACAGCAUUGUUCUUCCUGCGCUUAAGGGAGACUUUUCUCCUGGUUUCCCUAAAAUUUAUCAGAGCUUUCACAUAGUGCAAAGCCGAGUAGGCUGCUCCAAAAAUAGCUAACGUGCUCCUGAUCCGAGUGUCUUGGCUAUUAAACUGGUGUCAUCUCUUAAAUUUGCACAGCAUUGGGAUAGACAAGAGUGACAGAAGUUUAUCACAAACAGGAUUAAGUAGGUGUCAGAAAGGGAACUAAGAUGUGUUUAAUUACUAGGUUUCCUAUCUUUCAUGAACUAAAAAUUAAUAAAUCUUGACCCUCAUCUCAGUGGAAAUGACAAUAUUAAUUUGAAUUUGGCCAUGGUAACUUUUGGCAUCCAGUUAUAGAUGAAAGUGGGAGUGUGUGAUCCAGUGGUGUGUGUGUGUGUGUGUGUGUGUCUUUUUUGGUUCCUUUUCUGUGGGCUUUUUUUCCCCCCUUAUUAUUAACUUAGGCCUUAGAUUAAACUAGCAAUGUUUCAUGUCUGGCCCAGGAGCCUCUCAGGACAUCUGUGAGGUCAAAACUCUCUUCAUAAUAAUACACAGACGUUAGUUGUCUUUUCAAUCUCUCAACAAGUAGUUGCAAAUGUAAAACAAUGCCAUUUCCCACAAAUCUUUUUUAGGAAAUAUAGCUAUUUUCUUAAAAAUGUUAUUUAUGUUAGCAUUUAAUACUUUCAUUUUUAAAUAAAUGCUUGCUUACAGUUUUGUUUUUCUAAUAUGGCAAAUAUUGAUGGAUAUAAAUUCCAUAAACACAAGCUCUUUGGCAUCCAGAUCUCUCAUAAAUUUUAAGGAGUGUAAAUGGAUCUGGAAACCUCAAGUUUUAGAAUUACAGGGUUAGACAAAGGCGCAGGAUAUUCUAUUACUAUGUGUAUAGUAUAUGUUCUUACAACUCUAUUUUACAUUUUAAAGUCUCGAUAUUGGACUUCAUGCUGCCUCUUAAUGAUAACUGAAUUGCAAUAUAAGAAUAGAUACUGAUUCUGGAAACAAAAGCCAAACGCUAGAUCAGUUAAUACAGCUUUUUGGCCUGUUGGUCAAAGACAACACACUGCUCGGUAGUGAUGCUGAUGGCGGCCGCGGCGUUCGUGUGAUAGACACGUGACACACACCCCUUUCUUUAAGGACCAUUUCUUAGUUCAUUUUGUUUUAUUUUGAGUUUUAAUUUACAUUUUUCGAAACCCUUUUGCUACCCCUUCUGGUUUUAUAAACUGAGUUUCUUAACAUUUGUUAUAAUUAAAGGGGCUUGUCUGGAAUAAUAUAUUUUUUAUGCUUUUGCCUUUGUUACAUGAUUGAUAUUAAAUUCACUUUUGGUCGUUUUUAAUAAAGGUUUAUUUUUGCAGAUAUAUUUAGUACCUUUCUUAAGCAGUAAUUAAAUUGAAUCAACCAGUUUGCAUUUAAAUGAGAGAAUGGGCUUAAUGGUCUUCCCGUGGGAUGGUUUCCAGGCCUCUGCCAUGCAGUGGUUGUGUCUGGAAUCCCGGAACUGGCACUUUCUGCCUAGAAUGUCACAGUGAACUACAUUAUUAACAGUGAAUUAUAUUCUGUUUAAAGUAAAUUAAAGGAUUACUUUUUUUUCUUCCUGACCAGUACAAAUACAAACGCUAUGUUUGAUUCAUUGUUAAUGACGACUUCAAGAUUGAUCUGAUACAAUAACUGUGCAGGUGGCUUUAACUUGGUUCUGUGUAAGUAGCAUGUAUUUUAUUAUAAUUCACAUUUUUAAACACUUGGUUUACAUUAAAUUAUGGUAUUUAACGAUUUUUUAUGUUCAUACUAGGUAAGUUUUUCUUAUGUUUCUGUGUUUUUGGUAUGCUAAAUAAAGCUAUUUUUAAACCCAA